AUGAUGCGGAAGGUGGUGCGGCGCGCGGAGUGGGAGGCGCGCAUGGACGCGGCGGCGGUGCGCGCGGAGGACAUGAACAAACUUGUAAUGAAUUACCUCGUAACGGAGGGCUACGUGGACGCGGCGCGCAAGUUCGAGCUUGAGUCCGGGACCGACCCGGGCGCGGAUCUGGGGGCGGUGGCGGAGCGCAUGGCGGUGAAGCAGGCGGUGCAGCGGGGGGACGUGGAGGACGCCAUUGACCGGGUCAACGACCUCAACCCCGAGAUCCUGGACACGGGAGCGGGGGUGUUCUUCCGUCUGCAGCAGCAGCGCCUCAUCGAGCUCAUCCGCGCCGGCCGGGUGGACGAGGCGCUUGACUUCGCCCAGGAGGAGCUGUCUCCCCGCGGCGAGGAGAACGCGGCUUACCUAGAGGAGCUGGAGCGCACCGUUGCCCUGCUGGCGUUUGAGGACCCCGCCACGUCAGCACCUGCCACGCUGGCAGAGCUGCUGGACGUGAGGGUGAAGAGGGGUGGUGAGAGGGAGAAGAGGGGUGGUGAGAGGGAGAAGAGGGGUAGUGAGAGGGAGAAGAGGGGUGGUGAGAGGGAGAAGAGGGGUGGUGAGAGGGAGAAGAGGGGUGGUGAGAGGGAGAAGAGGGGUGGUGAGAGGGAGAAGGUGAGGAUGGCCACGAGAACGGUGCACCAGGAGGGACAGCGAAGAGGGAAGGAUCCAGGGCUACGAGAAAGAAUGGGAUGGUGUUCUGCUCUCCGCUCAGGCUAUCAACUGCACUCUACCUUUUUUCCCCCGCUUCCCCCCACUCCCCUCUUUUCGCUCUUUCCUUCCCCCUCUUCCCCUCCUUCCCCUUCCCCUCCUUUCCCCCUUCACUUGUUUUCCCCUUACCCUCCACCCCCCCUCUCAUCACCCCCAUCGCCUCUCACUGCCGCAGAUCCGAAGCUACCGAGUGUGCUGAGGAUGCUGCUAUGGCUGCAGGGGCAGCUGGACGGCAGAGUGGCGUACCCCAAAGUCACCGACCUCACCACAGCGCUCCUGCACGACCCGCCCUCGCUCUAA